AUGGAAUACUCUGCUGAUAGUACACAUGACCUUAUAGAAUAUUGUUUUCCUCACAGCAAUUUAUCUUGCACUCGGAAGGCUCGCACAAGAGAUGAGUAUGCUCUGAUGUAUGUUUUCUUUUCAUCAAUAUCAGUGUUCACAGUUUUUGUAAACCUACUGGUGAUCAUCUCCAUCUCUCAUUUUAAACAGCUGCAGACUCCAACCAACCUUUUCAUCCUUUCUUUGGCUGUGGCCGAUUUAUUGAUUGGUGGAAUUGUAAUGCCAGUAGAGGGCAUGCGAUUAGUUGAGUCAUGUUGGUUUUUGGGUAAGGAACUUUGUAACUUUUUCCCAGCUGUCAUAUGCAUACUUGUGUCAGCAUCACUUGGGCAUUUAGUGUUUAUAGCUGUGGAUCGUUAUGUGGCUGUGUGCAAACCCUUUUUCUAUGCGUCCACAAUGACAACUGGAAAAUCUGUGGCAUGCAUAGUACUAUGCUGGCUCAGCUCUGCUGUAUAUAACUGGACUCUUUUGCAUGUAAAUGAGAAUAUGAACAACCCCGAGAGACAAAGUAGCUGUCUUGGAGAAUGCCUGCUGCUUAUUGACUUUACAUGGAGCAUAAUAGACCUUGUAUUCUCCUUUAUAUUACCAUGUUGCAUAUUGUUUACUCUAUAUCUUAUUAUUUUCUUUGAGGCCAGAAAUCAGGCACGAGCCAUAACAGCCCAACAAGGCAGUAUCUCAAACAAUGUAAAAUAUGCCAUUUCAAAGAGCUCUGACAGAAAAGCAGCAAAAACUCUAGGUAUUGUGAUAUUUGUUUAUCUCAUGUGCUGGAUCCCAUAUUACAUCAGCAUUCUGACACAGGAGAGUACUUCUAUUACAGUGUAUGUUUUAUCCUGGCUUAUGUACAUGAAUUCAUUUGUAAACCCUCUUAUCUAUGCUAUGUUUUACCCAUGGUUUAAGGUGUCAAUAAGACACAUUGUUACUUUAAAGAUUCUAGAUACAUCAUCAUCUCAUCUACAUCUGCUACCGCAGUGA